CUGUAAGGGCGCGGAAAAUCGCGGUCUAGGAGAUCGCUGAUCGAUCGCUUUUUAUCUGUCGGAUUUCAUAUAAUACUGCGCAUCGGCACGGAAAUGUCGCUAAUUAACUUGAAAUCGAAAGAUAUGUACAAUGAACCGAUUAACCUAUGGAGGACCAAGCAACGAGUCCAUUAUCACCACGAUGUGAUAUCGAAAGGAAAUGACAGUCACAGAUCCUCCGAUGCCUGUGAAUACAUAACUAUAACUGCGCCAAAGAAGUCAUCGUUCUCCAGAUCCCCGCCGAACUCCCUGCCCCCCUCGGUACCCGGAAGUCCGCGACACUCGGUGGCCGCCACCUCGAACCAGGUGGUCCGAUACGCCAGAACCUCCUGCGAUCACUGUGGACACCACAGUAUUCCGGUCAUGUCGCCGCAUCCCAUCUCACCGCUGGCCAAGUCCCAGACAAACCUGGAUCUCGUGGAACACGCCAGUCAGCGGCAGGCCCUCCUCCCACUGCCCACCAUACCGAUCCACCAUGAGGACUCCGCCUGCACCCUCCAGGUGUCCCGGAGGCCUUCGCUGCUCCUCCAGGAGAUCCUCAGGAAGGACGGAUUCCUGUCGCCAAGGAGCGCCAAAAAUGGUAACCUGCAGGGAACAGCGAGCGGCAGUACAGCGACCAUAAAUAUCCAGAGCGGAACCACAAGUGCCAGGAAUGGAUCCACGGCCUUUUUCGACAAUGGAGCCAAUAGUUAUCAUGCCAAGCAGCAGAAGGAAAAGAACCGACGCACAGGCAACGAUGCCAUAAGUUCAGCGCUGUCGGCAACCUACUGCAAACUUUUGGUUCUACUCGGCGUUUGUCUGCCCAUCACAGAGGUUAUAUCCGAUCAGAUACCGACCUAUGUGUACCAGGGAUUCUACGUGUACCUCUAUGUGGGCAGCAUACUCUUUGUGAUUUUCCUGUACAUAAGUGCCUUCCGAAAUCGAUCACUUUUCAAUGCUCUCAAGGACUAUCAUGAAAAGAACAGCAAUGUGCAUCUGAAGCAUAAGGUUACCCAUUUCGGCAGCUUUUACCUGCGAGUGGGAGCCAUUGCCUUUGCCAUUGGCACAAUGGUGUAUUCAGGUCUGGAGUUUGGCCAGUUUUUCGAGCUGAAUGGCCACCCAGGAUGUCGGGAUGUCUUCGUGGCCAUAACGCCCAUCUGCCGGAUGGUGCUGUGCAUCGUCCAGGUGCAGUUCAUCUUUCUGAACACUACCUACAUGGACAUGGCCCGGCACAAGGUGACCUCGAGAUUCGGCCUGAUGCACAUGGUGGCCACCAACCUGUGCGAGUGGCUGUAUGUCCUGGUGGAGGAGACCAAGCACGAGAUCUUCCACAUUGGCCAGCACGAAGUGGAUCCCGCCCACGACCUGGUCAUCCACAAUAGCACCGCUGGUAGAACCGAUUGGUUGGCGGUCAAUGAAUCCCUGCACCAUCACCAUCCCCUCCAUCCGCUGGACACCACCCUGCUGACCAAUGUGAGCUCUAUUAUUGCGAACGCGACUGUGGCUCCUUCGCCCACGGCGGCUGCUUUUAGUGGGUGCUCCCGCACCACCAUCAUGGGAGCUCUGGUCCAGCAGCUGUCCCCUUUCCUGUUCCCCUGCACCAUCGAGUACAGCCUGAUCUGUGCCGUAAUCCUCUUCGAGAUGUGGAAGACGGUCAAGUCCAUUCCGGACAUCGACAAGACCCGCAAGAAUUCGGUGAAGCCAGUGGCCGCCAAGCCCGCCCAUCACUUCUCCGUGGAUUGCUCGCAGUCGCACAAGGGUCUCUUCUUCGGCAUCAUGAUCAUUGUGAUGACCAUCAUCUCGAUGAUCAUGUACUUUGUGCUGUACACCCAGCCGGGAUACGAACUGGUGGCCACGCAGGAGGUCACUCUCUGGGAGACCUUCAUGUACUUCAUGUGCGCUUCGGCUGUGAUAACGGGCAUGAUCCUCAUGCGCGAUCUGCGCUACAUCAAGGACAACAGUGACGACCACCACUCGAUGGACCUGGACAAUCUGCUGCUGAUUGUGGCCCAAACGGGGGUCUACUUGUACGGAAUGUUCAGCAUCCUGGGCAGUUACUUUGCCAAAUGGGACACAGUGCCCGAUCGCGUGGAGGGCAUCAUAGCAGAGGUAUUUGGUGUGGUGCAGACCUCACUGCAGACCAUGUUCAUCCUGCACGCCAGCCAUCGGAGGUGCAAGGGGAACAAACAGGUGCGGAGGAAGCCGGGCAGGGAGAUCAUCACCUUCCUGCUGGUGGCCAACAUAGCCAUCUGGUUCGUGAACACCCUGAUCAAAGGACGCGCCGUCUUCCGGGAGACCCAUCUGGAGUUCUUCGGCGUCUGGGGCUGGACGAUCAUCACCCACAUCUCCAUGCCGCUGGCCAUUUUCUACCGCUUCCACUCCACCAUUUGCCUCUUCGAAGUCUGGAAAGUCACCUACAAGGCCAAGGCUCAUUAGUUGACCCAUACACGCCUGUUGAUUAGUUUUCUCUAGCUUUCCUUUGACUAAGUUAAUUUAAAACUCAAGCGAUUUCAUUCGAGCAUUAGUUAAUUUAUGUAUAAGUGCGGAAUUUGUUGACAUUGCUUGCACAAAAUAAAGAUCUUAUUUAUUCAGCGAA